CAAGUACUUAUAGACUACAUGGAGGCUUGAGCCUUGAACAACAAACGACCAGGCACCUACUAUUGGCAAAAGCUGGCUGUUUCACCCAUCUGGUCCAAACAAACCAGCAGAAAGUUGAUCAUCAUGAAAGCUCCCAUCAUGACAGCAAACACGAACUCACACGGUGUCAAGUAUCGGCACAAACAUCCUUCAUUGACGGAAUUUGGGAACCUAUAAAAAAGGGUUUCCCCCGCUCGUCUAAGCAUUCCGCACGGAUUCAUUCCUCAUUCUGAGCCUCUCAUCCUGACAACACUGAUCAACAUGACUACAUCUAAAGAAUGGCAAAAGAUGCUCAGCGGUGAGCUCUACUGGGCCUGGGAUGCAGACCUGCAGGCCAACCGCCAGCGAUGCAAAGCAGCAUGCGACAGGUUCAACCAGGCAGGUCAAGUGUCUCGACGUCGGAGGGUGGAACUAUGGCGAGAUAUCGUUGGUGACACUCGUCCUCUCCCCCCAACCCUGUCCGAUCCCCAGGAGGACGAGAAGCUUUUCGACGAAACGGACCCAUUUGUGGAUCCUCCGAUCUCUGUCGACCACGGCUUGAACUUCAAAGUGGGAAAAGGCACAUUCCUCAACUUCAAUCUUCUUGUGCUUGACACCUGCCUUGUCACGAUCGGCGAAAGGGUCCUCUUCGGUCCUGACGUCUCGAUCUAUGGCGCCAUCCAUCCCAUGGAUCCUGCUGUACGGAAUGGACUUGAAGGCCCCGAAGCAGGCAAGGAAGUACACAUCGAGGAUGAUGUAUGGAUAGGAGGCAGUGUCUUGAUCCUCGCUGGAGUCACAGUUGGACGUGGAAGCACUGUGGGAGCUGGGUCUGUCGUAACAAAGGCACGUUGGUCCUCCUAAACCUAGGUACUAGACCUAACCGCUAACACUCAAUGGCCCUCCUCACAGAAUGUACCAUCAUUUCACUUCGUUGCAGGAAAUCCUGCUCGAAUCAUACGCAGAAUAGAAACAAGCAUGGAUCUUGACCAGCAGAUGAAAGAGCCUGGAACACAUGGAGAUAGACUAUAUCCAUAGCGCUAUCUCUCUAUAGUGAU